CUGGACCGUGCAUCCCGAUCCCGGCCCCCUCCCGCGCGAUCGGCCCGCAGCAAGCGGCCCGGGAGAGGGUCCGGCGCCCACCAUGAGGGGCGAGCUGUGGCUCCUGGUGCUGGUGCUCAGGGGGGCGGCCCGCGCGCUGAGCCCCCAGCCCAGAGCAGGUCACGAUGAAGGCCAAGGCUCUGGACGGGCUGCCAAGGGGACCACACAGGGCUGGAAUCGGACAACCCAAGACAGCCCUGGACAAGUAUCAGAGCCAGACAGGACCCAGCUGAGCCUGGACCUGGGUGGGGGCUCCUUGGCCAUUGAUACACUGCCAGACAAUAGGACCAGGGUGGUGGAGGACAAUCACAGCUAUUAUGUGUCCCGUGUCUAUGGCCCUGGUGAGCCCCGCAGCAGGGAGCUUUGGGUGGAUGUGGCCUCGGCCAACCAGAGCCAAGUGAAGGUGCACAGAAUUCUCUCCAAUACCCACCGGCAGGCUUCGAGAGUGGUCUUGUCCUUUGAUUUCCCUUUCUACGGGCAUCCUCUGCGGCAGAUCACCAUAGCAACGGGAGGCUUCAUCUUCAUGGGCGACGUGGUCCAUCGGAUGCUCACAGCUACUCAGUACGUAGCCCCCUUGAUGGCCAACUUCAAUCCAGGCUACUCGGACAACUCCACGGUCGCCUACUUCGACAACGGGACAGUCUUUGUUGUUCAGUGGGACCAUGUCUACCUCCAAGGCCGUGAGGAUAGGGGCAGUUUUACGUUCCAGGUAGCUCUGCACCGUGGUGGCCGUAUUGUCUUUGGCUACAAAGAGAUCCCUAUGGCUGUCCUGGAAAUCAGUUCUUCCCAGCACCCCGUCAAAGCAGGCCUGUCAGAUGCCUUCAUGGUUCUCAAUCCAUCUCCAGAUGUGCCAGAGUCUCGGCGCAGGACCAUCUUUGAAUACCACCGUGUGGAGCUGGACUCUAGCAAGAUCACCAGCACAUCAGCUGUGGAGUUCACCCCAUUACCAACCUGCCUGCAGCAUCGGAGCUGUGAUGCCUGCAUGUCCUCGGAUCUAACCUUCAACUGCAGCUGGUGCCAUGUCCUACAGAGGUGCUCCAGUGGCUUUGACCGCUACCGCCAGGAGUGGCUGGCUUUUGGCUGUGCCCAGGAGGAAGAGGGCAAGACAUGCAAGGACUUCCAGGAUGAGGACCACUACUCAGCCUCCCCUGAGAGCUUCUUCAGCCCCUUUGACAGCGACCUCACCACCACCGUCUCUUCCCUCCUCAUUGACAGUCUCACCACGGAAGAUGACACCAAGUUGAAUUCCUAUGCAGGAGGAGAUGGCCUUCAGGACAACCUGUCCCCAAAGACAAAGGGCCCUCCUGUGCGCCUGGGCACCAUUGUGGGCAUCGUGCUGGCUGUACUUCUGGUGGCAGCCAUCAUCCUGGCUGGGAUUUACAUUAAUGGUCAUCCCAAUUCCAAUGCUGCACUCUUCUUCAUCGAGCGGAGACCUCACCACUGGCCAGCCAUGAAGUUCCGCAACCACCCCAACCACUCCACCUACACAGAGGUGGAACCCUCGGGCCAUGAGAAGGAAGGCUUCAUGGAGGCCGAGCAGUGCUAAGAGCACCAGGCAAAAAGACCCAGGGAUGAGUCAUAGCCAAGAGAAGAAAUGACUUUUCCUGGCUUCCUUUGAGCUCACCCUGGGCCAG